UCGGGGCAAGUUGAGGUGAGUAACAGACAGAUUAAAGGUAUUCUGGAAAAAACCGUGAAUCCUUCACGUAAGGAUUGGGCUAAUAGGCUGAACGAUGCAUUGUGGGCUUACCGGACAGCCUACAAAACCCCAAUUGGAAUGAGCCCGUACAGGUUAGUUUUUGGUAAACCUUGUCAUUUGCCUGUAGAGUUGGAACACCGAGCCUACUGGGCUAUCAAGGCGCUAAAUUUUGAUCUUAAAGAAGUGGGUGACUUGAGAAAAUUGCAUUUGAAUGAGCUGGAUGAGAUUAGGAAUGAUGCAUACGAGAGUGCGAAAAUUUAUAAAGAACGCACUAAACUUUUUCAUGAUAAAUCCAUUUUGAGGAGAGAUUUUAAACCUGGAAUGGAGGUGUUGUUAUAUGACUCUCGUUUGAGGCUUUUUCCAGGGAAGUUAAAAUCUAGGUGGACUGGACCGUUUUUGAUUCGCCAAGUUUUUUCCCAUGGUGCAAUUGAACUUGAAAAUCCGAAAUCUGGGAAUGUUUUUAAGGUGAACGGUCAACGAGUGAAGCGAUAUUUGAAAAGUGAAGAUGUAGUCGAGCAAGUUGAGUGUCUUGAGCUUCGGGAAUACCGUUGCUCAUGUUGUGUCUAGUCACAGUUUCUAAAAAAAAAAACUUUUAUUCUGUUUCCCCCUUCCCCAUUCUUUUCUUUUCUUUCUUUGUUUCUUAGUUUUGCAGGUUACUUCUCAAGUUGUUAAAGUUUUAGUUUGAAGCGCUUUCAGGGAGUAUUUCUUUUCCUUUGUCUUUUUAUUAUUUCUCCAUUGAGGACAAUGUUUGAGAUAGGUGUGGGGGAGGAGUAACAGUCACUUUUUAGUUCUAUUUUAGUUUCAGAAUCACCAAAAAAAAAAAAACAGAAAACUGCUUUUAAAAAAAAAAUGUUUUCCUUGCUUGGAGUUGAGGAGAAUUUAAUUUCAGGAUAACUUUUUUGGCUUCAAGUUGUGAAAAGUUCCCUUUCAGUGGUAUGUGGUCUGAUUGGUUGGUUCCAUGCUAGGUUCCUCUUGAAUUUGAUUGAGUCCUUCACAUUGUUUUACUUGGAGUCAAUUUCUUAGCUUCUCGUGUCAUUAACAUUGAUGUAUUUUUCAAUUCUUUAUGACCUCUUAGGAUGCAUCUCUAACGUUCUUAGAAAGUGUGAAUCCUUUGUCUUUUAGUUAGCAUAAUAGAACUUGUCUUGUUGCUCUUUUGGAAGCUAAGUUAUUGUGCAAACUGAUUCAGAUAUGAUCUAGGCCAUUUUUCAUAGCCCCAAACCUUUAAGCCUACCCUUUUGUUUAUUUGUAUUUUCGCUUGCUACCCCUUUGAGCCUAAUAUGUCUUAAAGCAUUCUAACGUGCUUUUGACUAGUAAUUCUUUCUAAUUACCCAUCAAUGAUGACCCGAGCCCAAAUAGCCAAAAUGUAUCCCACACCCUUGAGUUGACAUUUUCUUAUACUUAAAUUGUGACUUAAAAGAGUUUAUCUUUUUGGAGCAUUUUUCUUUGUUAUCCCCGGCAGUUUGUAUAGAUUCAAUGUUGUUGGUGCUGAUUCUUGUGAGCAGUGAGUGAAUUGAAGGUUUGAAAAGUCCAAAAAAAAAAUAGAAAAAAAAAAGAAGAAGAAAAAAGUCAAAAAAAAAAAAAAACUGAAAAGUUGAAAAGUGAAAAAGUAAAGAAGAAAGAAGUGAGUUGAAGUUGUAUUCUUUGAGCUUCCUAUUUGUAUCCCUUUAUCUAAGAAGCCGGUUUGAUUUUUGUAGUAGUUUAGUUGCUCCCUUUGUCAUUUAUUGAACUCUUCCUAGGAUCAAUUUGGUAUAGAAAAUGUCUCCUCCUUUGUUUGAAUUCCCAUUUCCUUUCUCUCAUUAACCCAUUACCCAUGACCACAUUACAACCCGAAUAAAAGUCCUAAGUGAUCUUGAUCAAGUUUGUGCUUUGAUAAGGUGGAGGGAAGAGCAUAAGAUGACUAUAGAGUGUUGACUAAUUGGCUUAGGACUUCACAUAAUUUCUGUGAGAGUUACUUGAGUGUCUCACUAGGUCAUUUAGAAUUGUAAAAUACAUCUCUAUUAAUGACAUAUGAGUCUAGAUUUUGACUUUGGAGUUGGCAUUGUGGUGGAUACUUGAUUCAAAUUUUUUGGGGAUGUUUUGUCAUGGAGGGGAAUGUUAGUAUGCCUGGUGAGUGAAAGGGGAGUUUGAACACUUGUUGUUGAAUUUGGUUUCUUGAUCUUAAUUUUCCUUGAGGACAAGCAAAAUGCAAGUGUGGGGGAGUUUGAUAAGUUAGAAUUUGUGAUUAAUUUUUAUCACAAUUCUAUACUUAUUAUUUGCCUAAUUGAGAGGUUUUAAUCUUACUUUUAUCUUAAAAUUGAUUUUUACAGGUGAGAAAUUUAAAUGAAGCAAUUGGGCUCAUUGGGGCUCAUUGAAGAGAUGUUAUUUCCAAAUUCAAGAAUGGGCCAGUUCAAAUUUG